AUGCCUCAUUGCGCUUACCCCGCAACCCCGGCUGAACAUCAGCCCUUUAGGGCCCCGUCUGUGGUGGUCUAUUGGCUCUUUGAGGCGCGCGUGGUAUGCUACGCGCCGUACGCUCGGGUCUGGUUCUGGUCGGGCGGCGAGCUACCCUUACUCGCCGUCCGCAGACCCGCGCUUACGGUGGCCGGAGAUCAUCUCUCGUUACAAGUCGGUAAACAAGCAGACGGAUUACCUGAUGGUAAGCAAUUAGCGCCGCCCAUGGACACCCGUAACGGAGGAGUUACGAGAUUGGGCGGGGAUACGGGGAGGGUGAGGAUUAGGCCUCUGGUAACCGCAGGCAUACAAAGAAAGUCAAGCGUACGGUGCAUAGUGUUCCGCGCGCACCUCAAAGAGCCAAUAGACCACCGCAAACGGGGCCCUAUAGGACUGAUGUUCAGCCGGGCUUGCGAGGACACGGAGUUAUACGCCCCCUCGCCAAGUGUGGAGAGUCUGCAAGAGUUGGCGCAGGCAAUGGGCGCAGCCGGCUUUGAACACUACACCGAGGGCAAGGCACUGGUCAAGAGGCUGAUACCCCCUGACAACCAGCCUGAAGAUAUUGUCGAAUAUCAAGGAGUUAUCGGUAGAGCCGGCGUGGACUUCCCAGCGUUCCCCAACAUUCCCCCUACCGGAUUCAACUGCAAGAACGUACCAACUGGAUACUACGCUGACUUGGAAACCGAUUGUCAGGUAUUCCACAUCUGCGACACAUCCCGCAAAAUCUCGUUCCUUUGUCCUAACGGCACCAUCUUCAGCCAGUCGCACCUCAUAUGUGACUGGUGGUUCAAGGUGGACUGCGCCUCCGCCCCAGCACUCUACGAAUCCAGCGCCGAGUACUACUCCAACGAACAGAAGAAGAGUCAGAAAAUUACUCAAAGCCUCAGCAAGAACCAGGACCUUCAGCAAAUCGGCGCCGACACCAACAUUAGGGCGGAGUCAAGGCGUACGCCAGUCAAUGUGCCCAGCACGACUGAACGACUGCUCAGGAGCAGGCAGAGACAGACCGAGAUCCCUAAAGCAACGGUGAAGACUUACCAAGCGUUGUUCACUGACAACUUCAACCCCACUCAAAGAACUGCCGCUACUACUGCGUUUGAACAAAGAAGGAAGAGCUUGGUUCAACUUAUUUCUACAAACUUCGGUAACAUUCCAGCAAGAACUACACAGCCCACUUACACAGAAUCUCCAGUGUACAGAAGUACUCCGGACUACAGUUUGAAAGAGAUGCAGGUCGCGGCUGAGACAGCAGCAUUCGCAAACAACAAUAACAGACAAUACCUGCAGGACUUCCACAACAAGAACUACAGGCCGUACCCAGUAUACACCCCAAACAUUCCUGUCAAACCUAAAGCUAAGUCUAAUCCUAAUUUGACAACUCUGUACGAUUUCCGUGAUAAGCAAUCGACUCAAUCAACUGCUGAACAAACAACGACCAAACGGCCAACAUUAGUACCAUACACUAAGAGCUAUUCGACGAUCAUUGACAAGCAAGAACCUUACACUAGACCAGGUGUAUCUCUACUCAAAGGUUUCCUCCAAAAGGAGAAGAACAAAACUUUGUCAUUAACAACUACCGAGAAAGUUCAACAGGUUACUGCUAGAAGCGAUAAUCUGGAGUCGGAAAAACAGGUGACUGGCAAUACUAAGGACAGUUUCGAGUCCGCUACCAAGAUCCCUCACACUACCAGAGCUGAUGUUUACACUCAAACAGCAUCAUCUGACAGGUAUGAUGUAUAUUCUACCACAAACAAUGCCAAUCCGACCACCACGGAACCUUCCUACCAAGAACGUCGUGAAAGACUGAUGAGAAAAUUAAACUUGGACAGGUAUGGCCCUACUGCCGCCACUGAACCUACUGCCCCUACAACUAAUACCGACAAAUACUUUGGGGACCAGCCCAACAGGCCCGGUUUAGUUGUACCACCAUCUCUUACACCGAAAACAUUACAUAGUUUGGCGAUUUAUUACGCAACAGCUUUAGAUAACUUAUCAACUACUCCUACUCCUGAAGAGGCUGAAACUGUGACUCCUGCAUUCGAUGAGUAUGAGGCUAUGGAAGAAGUUUUACCAGCUCUUUUUAGCCGUCAGACGAUUAACAAAUACAGCAACCUCUUUGGUCAACAAAUGACCAAUGCUGAACUGUUGGAAGAAAUAAGGGAAGAUCCUAAUGGAACGUACAAUGAGUUAGUAGAAGACCUUUCGGUUCAACAAAGUCAAAACCCAAUUGCUACUUCUCCACAAAUCAGGGAGUUGGCUCAAGUAUUUACACACGCUUUAUCUGCCUAUCUACAAGACCCCGUUCAGUUUAGGAAGGUUUUGUCGGAUAUAAGACCAACCCAUCCCUCUUUCGGCGAUUUGUUGACGACGACUGAAGAAUCUAUUAACACUGAGCCUACGACAACAGUAAACGAGGAAGAUGAUGAAAUAUUAGGUUUCUCAGAUGAUCAUAAAGCACUACCGCCUGUAUCAAACCUGCGAGAACCGAAGGCCUUAGGUAUUCCUACGAUAUACCCAAUCACACAGGAAACAACCACUACUCCUAGACCUACCACUGAAUACACAACACCAUCAUACAGUUCUUACAGUUCUCUAUCUACUGUCAGAAACCCAUUCAGGUGCUGUGGAAGAAUAUCAGCAUCAUACACAUCGCCUUCCACUCCUGCCGCCACAACGCCAUCUUACACAAACACCGUUGCCGUAAACGUUAACACUUUGGGCAGUCACUACAAUGAACCCUCAUCCACAACUGAAGCUGAUUACUCAGUUCCCAAAUAUGGAGGAUUCCAGAACAAUGCUUUGACUCUUAAUGACUCGCCAUACGGAGUAAAUGCUGUUUCAACUGAAGGUAAACCAUUAAGCGAAUAUGUUGAAGCUACUAACCUACCCACAGCAUGGGGCAUAGACCCGUCAGCAUCGACGAGUAAUGAUUUUGAAAGCAAGAAAAUUAAAGCCACUACAGAAAUUCCCCCUACAACAUCUGUAUACUUUACAGAGACAGAAAGCGUAGAAUUAGAGAACGAUGAAGAAUUACAAAGAGCUCACAGUCAAUCUUUCGCUGCGCCACAAGGUAACAGCAUCCGUCAUGGUAAACAAUUAAACUUUAAUGCUGAACCGAUCAAAAAACCUGCUGAAGAUCUCGAAGCUCCUACGAUUCCUGAUGCUGAUCUCACAACUGUGCAGACGACGACACAACCAACAACAACGGCUAGAGUAACAGAAAUAGAAUCUCUUACCACCACACCGACUGUAUCCGAUGUCGUGUUCACAUCUCCUGACGGCGACAGAUCAACAAACCAGCAAAGUUGGUCCAGCACGGCAUACGGCAAUUGGCAAAGCACUGUGAUAGACCCGAUCACACUUAACGACGGGUUGAGCCCGACAGCGCCAGACCAGAAUCAAGGACUAUCGGAGAACACAUACAUACCAAAUACAGCAACUACUCCCACUGAGUAUAUCGCCACGGAACAGACAGCCGCUCCAACGGUCAGCUUCGAAGUAGCCACACAUGAAAAUAAAGAACACGAAAGACAAGGAAGGCUCCUAAGAGAUUCAUCUACAGAACCCGCACAAGAUCUAACAACAAUAACUGACACAGUAGUAGAAAAGGCCAAAGAAAUCAUGAACGCGACUACUGCUGAGAAACUAAUGAACGUUAUGAAGAAAACGAAAUCGAAGACUGUGAAGAGAUUGAUAUUGCUGCUGAUACAGACAUGUGAUGAUGACCAUAACACUACUGCUGAAGCAUCGAAAAAGGCUUUGCUCGACGCUUUAAUGGCUGUUUCUCAGAAAGAUAUGGAAGAUAUUGCGAAGGAAGAAGAAACGACUGAAGUACCAACCACAGAGGCUAACGUACACAGAAGAGCAGAUAGAGUGGAAAAGAUAAGAGGAGACAGGAGAGGUAAAAGCUUAAACUUCGAUCCUAGUGCUGUUAAUUCUCUAUCAAAUGUAGCUCAGACUAGUACAACAGAGACUGCAAAAACGACAGAAGACUUGGAGACGGCAGCUACUACUUUCAGUCCACUAAGGACUAAUUCUGCAAGUCGGAGAGGUAUCAGAAAGUUCCACGUGAGGACCACGCCUUUGGAACCUAAGACCACGACUAAAGCACCGUUUGUAGAUAGUCCUAUAGCUGAAGCCAGGGUGGCAGCUCCUAGCGACACGAAAGCCACGUCGGAUACCAGGGCCUUAGAACUAUUAAGGUCACUAUACUCUAUCGCGGCGCGGUGGGGUUGAGAAUAUUCUAGAGAUGUAAGGACUUUGUUUUUAUAUUUAGGGUUGAGUCUAGUGCGACAUUUUUUAUUUUGUAAAUUCGACGUUUUUAAGAGAUUUAAGUAGCGUUCUGAUUUGUAACUUAUCUUGAGGAUAAUGAUCGGACAAAAAUCGUUUUACAUUCAAAGAAAAAAAUAAAUAAAAGUAUGUCACGAAUUAUUUAGUUAGGUAGUAAAUCCAAAUUGUAUCAAAACCCUUCACAAAUGCAAGAAUAAGUUACAAUCUGAAUCGACUAAUGUAAAGUACUUCCAAACCCUAAAUAUAAAUGUGUAAAUGUGAUUAUGUAGAUAGAAUUAUUCGUUAUCAACCUAAAUUCAAGAUCAUCAGUAUUUUCACAUACCAUGAAAAUCAUGAUGUUUUAAAUAACAAGUUGUUUAUUGAGCUAUAGGCACGU